UAAGUAACGAGAGGGGGAGACAGACUGUGGUGGAGAGCGGCCGCCCGAGCUGGAGCUUCACAGGGACUAUCAACAGGGAGUAUAGUCGACGCAAGAGCAAAGAAUUGGGGUAUGAGAGCCGCCAGAAUCCGCUCCCAUCCUCCGCUGCCCAGGCCCCUGUCCGACUGACAACCAUCGGAUCAGUACCUCCACCGUGCCAGCUCUCGGAUAAACCCAAUAUCGGUGACAACUAGCAACCAUGGAGCUGAGAGUGGGGAACAAGUAUCGGCUCGGACGAAAGAUAGGGAGUGGUUCCUUUGGAGACAUUUACCUUGGUGCCAACAUUGCAACUGGUGAGGAAGUAGCCAUUAAGCUGGAAUGUGUGAAGACUAAACACCCACAGUUGCACAUUGAAAGCAAGUUCUACAAGAUGAUGCAGGGAGGAGUGGGUAUCCCGUCGAUAAAGUGGUGCGGUGCAGAGGGAGACUACAACGUGAUGGUAAUGGAGCUGCUGGGUCCCAGUCUGGAGGACUUAUUCAACUUCUGCUCCCGGAAGUUCAGCCUCAAGACUGUCCUGCUAUUGGCAGACCAGAUGAUCAGUCGCAUUGAGUACAUCCACUCAAAGAAUUUCAUUCAUCGGGAUGUGAAGCCAGACAACUUCCUUAUGGGGCUGGGCAAGAAGGGCAACCUGGUAUAUAUUAUUGACUUUGGCCUGGCCAAGAAGUACCGUGAUGCCCGCACACACCAGCACAUCCCCUACAGGGAGAACAAGAACCUCACUGGCACUGCACGCUAUGCCUCCAUCAACACACAUCUGGGAAUCGAGCAGUCCAGACGUGAUGACCUGGAGUCUCUGGGCUAUGUCCUCAUGUACUUCAACCUGGGCUCCCUACCCUGGCAAGGCCUCAAGGCUGCCACCAAGAGGCAAAAGUAUGAGCGAAUCAGUGAGAAGAAAAUGUCCACCCCCAUCGAGGUGCUCUGCAAAGGAUACCCCUCCGAAUUCUCAACGUACCUGAAUUUCUGCCGUUCACUUCGUUUUGACGACAAGCCAGACUACUCUUACCUACGGCAGCUCUUCAGGAAUCUUUUCCACCGACAGGGCUUCUCCUAUGAUUACGUCUUCGACUGGAACAUGCUCAAAUUUGGUGCCAGCCGGACAACUGAGGACGGUGACAGGGAAAGGAGGACGGGCGAUGACAGAGAUGAACGGAUCGGAGGAGCCCCCAGGGGGUCUGCAGCACGGGGCCUUCCCCCGGGACCUAACCCACCAGCUGCCAACAGAGUCAGGAACGGACCUGAGCAGGCUAUCUCUAACCCUGCCUCACGGGUCCAGCAGUCCGGGAACACGUCACCGCGUGCAAUAUCUCGUGCCGAGAGGGAGAGAAAGGUGAGCAUGCGGCUCCAUCGUGGGGCCCCUGCCAAUGUGUCAUCUUCUGACCUCACAGCUCGUCACGACCAGUCCCGAAUUUCCACAUCACAGGUCAGCAUGCCAUUCGAGCACAUGGGGAAGUAAAAAACUCAGGCUCUGCAUGCACAUGAAACUGACAGGGCUGCAAGGUAUAUCCAUCGCUUCAAUCCCACCCCCACCCCACACACACACCCUUUUUUUUUUUUUUU